UAAGGAUGUAGCGGUACAUGUAUCGGGCUCGCUUCACAUCAAUCCAACCGUCGGAAGCCCUUCUCUCUUUUUAUACCGACGUGGUGAGUCGUGUUUGGGGGAUGGGUGUUGUAAGGAUUGUCAGCAGAGACGACUAACGUUUGAAAAAUGUCCAACAUCCUCGAUGCGGCGUCCAAAGUGAGAUGGGACCGCACGGCUGCGGCGAAGCGAGCCGUGUUUCUUGCGGCGGCUGCUUACGGUGUCAAAACACUGUACCCCAUCAUCUGCAAGCAGCUCAGCAAAAGCAAAGAUCCCAGGAAUAAUCGCCGGGCAUCAAAGGCGGAAAACGGAUCCACUCGUUUGGUAAAAACACAGAUAGAAGCUGCGGAUCACAAGAAGGCAUCCCCGGGGGUAAAUGCAGAAUUUUUCAAGCAGAUCCUCGAACUUGGUAAAAUCCUCUUCCCCAGGCUCGUGUCCAAAGAGCUCGGUUUGCUCUCCUUGCACUCGGUGGCGCUGAUAUCCAGGACGUUUCUGUCUAUUUACGUGGCCAGCUUGGACGGCAAGAUCGUCAAAACGAUCGUGGAGAAGAAACCCAAGAGCUUCAUUAUCCAACUGAUCAAAUGGCUCCUCAUUGCCAUCCCGGCCACGUUCGUCAACAGCGCCAUCCGGUACCUGGAGUGCAAACUGGCUCUGGCCUUCCGCACCCGGCUGGUGAACCAUGCCUACCGGACCUACUUCACCGAUCAGACCUACUACAAAGUCAGCAACAUGGACGGGAGGCUCGCCAACCCGGACCAGUCUCUCACUGAGGAUGUUAUGAUGUUUUCCCAGUCGGUGGCCCACCUCUAUUCUAACCUCACCAAGCCUAUCCUGGACGUGAUGCUGACCUCCUACACACUGAUACAGACCGCGAGGUCCAGGGGGGCCAACGCCUCCGGGCCGACCCUGCUGGCCGGCCUGGUGGUCUUUGCCACGGCUAAGGUCCUGCGUGCCUGCUCGCCCAAAUUUGGCAAGCUGGUAGCCGAGGAGGCUCAUAGGAAAGGCUACCUGCGCUAUGUGCACUCCAGGAUCAUUGCAAACGCUGAGGAAAUCGCUUUCUACAGGGGGCACAAGGUGGAGAUGCGUCAGCUGCAGAAGUGCUACCGGGCUCUGGCGGACCAGAUGAACCUGAUCCUGUCCAAGCGUCUCUGGUACAUCAUGAUCGAGCAGUUCCUCAUGAAGUACGUGUGGAGCAGCAGCGGGCUGGUCAUGGUGGCCGUGCCGAUCAUCACGGCUACGGGCUUCGCUGACAAUGAAACAGCAGAUGGGCAGACGCAGGUGAUGGUGAGCGAGAGGACGGAGGCUUUCACCACCGCCCGGAACCUCCUGGCCUCAGGAGCCGACGCCAUCGAGAGGAUCAUGUCCUCCUACAAGGAGGUCACGGAGCUCGCAGGCUACACUGCCCGGGUCCACAACAUGUUCGUGGUGUUUGAGGACGUCCAGAGGGGGAUUUACAAGCGCUCCUCUCUGUCAGCCACAGCGGGAGCAGAGCAGAAGAGCAAGCCUGAGAUGCAUAUAGAUGGACCGCUGGAGAUAAAGGGUGUCGUGAUAGAUGUGGACAAUGGCAUCGUGUGCGAGAACGUCCCGAUCAUUACGCCGAACGGGGACGUCGUUGUGUCUUGCCUGAACUUCAAGGUAGAAGAGAGCAUGCACCUAUUGAUCACUGGGCCUAACGGCUGUGGAAAAAGCUCUCUGUUCAGGAUCCUCAGCGGCUUGUGGCCUGUGUACGGCGGCCGGCUGCACAAGCCCUCUCCUCAGCACAUGUUCUACAUCCCUCAGAGGCCAUACAUGUCCAUGGGUUCACUGCGGGACCAGGUGAUCUACCCGGACUCGGUGGAGGACAUGGCUGCCAGAGGACUCAGUGACAAGGACCUGGACGCCAUCUUGGAAAUAGUCAACCUCAACCACAUUGUCACCAGAGAAGGAGGCUGGGACGCUGAGCUGGACUGGAAGGACGUGCUGUCAGGAGGCGAGAAGCAGAGGAUGGGCAUGGCUCGCAUGUUCUACCACAAGCCUAAGUAUGCUCUGCUGGAUGAGUGCACCAGCGCCGUGAGCAUCGACGUGGAGGGAAAGAUUUUCCAGGCUGCGAAGGACGCCGGCAUCUCUCUGCUCUCCAUCACGCACAGACCCUCCCUGUGGAAGUACCACACCCACCUGCUGCAGUUCGACGGGGAGGGGGGCUGGCGCUUCGAGCAGCUGGACACGGCGACGCGCCUCUCCCUCACCGAGGAGAAGCAGCGGCUGGAGGCCCAGCUGGCCGGCAUUCCCGAGAUGCAGCAUCGCCUCAACGAGCUCUGCAAGAUCCUGGGAGACGACUCUGUCCUCAGAACAGCCGAGGAGUGA